CCUAUGUUCCUGCCAGACACCGAACCAAGCGGGGGCUUGCCGUCGCGUGCAACACACCUCAGCAAGCGACUGGCCGUCGCGUGCAACACACUGUUGCAUAUCGGCGGCCGUGGCAUCUCGUUCGUUCCUGCCCCGGGUGCCGGCGGGCGAUGGCGAAAAGCAGAGCUUCCAUGACUGGGGCCCUCGCCCUGCUCGCCGUGGCCGCGCUCCUGUGCGCGCCGGCCGCCGCGGAGCUCGCCCGCCUGGAGAACCCGGCCAAGAACGACGGGUCGCUGAGCCUGCUCGUCGUCGGGGACUGGGGCCGCAAGGGGACGUACAACCAGUCCAGGGUCGCGGACCAGAUGGGAAGGAUCGGGGAGAAGCUCAGCAUCGACUUCGUCAUAUCCACGGGGGACAACUUCUACAAGAACGGCCUGACGGGCGUAGAUGACCAGGCGUUUGAACAAUCCUUCACAGAUAUCUACACGGCAAAGAGCUUGCAGAAGCCGUGGUACCUUGUUCUGGGAAAUCAUGACUACAGGGGUGAUGUGCUUGCACAGCUGAGCCCAGUCCUGCGAAAGAUUGACAGCCGAUUCAUUUGCAUGAGAUCGUUUAUUGUCAACGCAGAAAUUGUGGAUUUCUUCUUUAUCGACACCACUCCAUUUCAACUCAAGUAUUGGACUCACCCCAAAGAAAGCCAUUAUGACUGGAGAGGAGUGGCACCUCGAGAGAAAUACAUAGCCAGUUUGCUGAAGGAUUUGGAUGAGGCCAUGAGGAAAUCAUCUGCAAUGUGGAAGAUUGCUGUGGGCCACCAUACCAUGAGGAGUGUCAGUGACCAUGGUGACACCAAGGAGCUUCUGCAACUACUUCUUCCAGUCCUCCAGGCCAACGGCGUCGACUUCUACAUCAAUGGGCAUGAUCACUGCCUGGAACACAUUAGCAGCAGAGACAGUCCAAUCCAAUACUUCACAAGCGGAGGCGGUUCGAAAGCAUGGAGAGGAGUCUUCCAGCCAAACCAAGAUAACCUCGAGUUCUUUUAUGAUGGGCAAGGGUUCAUGUCCCUCCAGCUGGACCAGAACGAAGCUGAGUUCAUCUUUUAUGAUGUCAAUGGCAAUAUAUUGUACCAGUAUUCACGGACGAGCUUGAGAAAAACAAGCCACCUCCAGCCCUCCAGCUAUGUCACCGACGAAUGAAGCAGAUCGAUGCAAAAUCACCACUGGAGAAUAAAUUGGUUCAGCUACCUCAUAUCUGUGUAAAGUUUGAAUGGCACAUUGUAAUAAGUGGCAGAAGUGAUCUGGCAAGGAAAUGUGCUAGCAUUUAAGUAUGGCGUGUGGUUCAUCUGCCAGAGAAACAUAGAGUGGCUGUAAACUUUCUGCCAGAGGAACAGAGAUGUUCAGUGUGAAUGUGUGAUGUCCGUAUGUUCUGACUUGAAUCGCAACAUACCAGUCAGUGGGCAUCUAUUUAUGCAAUGUUUUAGGGGGAAAGGAGUAUUUGGGUUGUGAUUUCCGCACAUUGGCCUCAGGAUAAUUCGACUGUAAGACUAUCUUUAUUUUCUACAGAUUUAUUUCCAGUAACAAUCGAUCAAUGAUCUGCCAAAGUUUGGCCAUCAUCUAUUGCUA